CAAUCAUUUUACCGGCUGCGUCUGAGUCUCUUACACGGUGUCUUCUUCCAGCGGUUCUAGACAUUAAAACCACCCAGUUUUCAGGUAUUUUCUGCCGAAAGAUGUUGUGUUUAAGCGGGCUGUCGCUGGCCCUGGUUCUCAGUCUGUAUCCCGGUUCUUCUGAAGCCCUGAAGGAAGGAGAGUGUGAAGUGUGUGUGACCUUCCUGGGGAAGUUCUACCAGUCUCUGCACGACAACAACGUCAACUUUAAGAGCGCAGACAUCGAGACGGCGCUCGUAAAGACCUGCAAAGAUGCUAAAGGGAAAGAAAACCGCUUCUGUUACUACAUCGGGGCGACGAGCGACGCCGCCACUAAGAUCGUGAACGAGGUUUCCAAACCUCUGAGCUACCACGCGCCGGUGGAGAAGAUCUGUGAGAAACUGAAGAAGAAGGACUCGCAGAUCUGUGAACUCAGAUAUGGUGAGAAGAGAGGGGGGAC